ACAGCCUAGGGCCACCAAACCGAGGGCCAUCAGCAGCAGGUGGCUUCUAAACUUAGUGCAGCCAGAAGAUCGCUCUGCAGGGGCCACCGUCUGCCACGGGCCAGGCUGAGACGACACAAUGAGGCAAACACUGGUCACUUUGGUGCUGCUGGUCCUCGUGGAGCUUUGCCGAGGGGAACCUGAUCCAGGUGUCUCUUGCCCCUCUGGACGCUCGUGGAGCUCGGACCUCGGGAGGUGCAUGGAGUGCGUGAUCUGCGAGCAAUCCAGCAAGAGCGACUUCUGCCAGACAUGUGAGAGCCCAGAAAAGCAGCCGUUCUUCCCCCUGCUGCUGGUUAUCGGAUUGUCAGCUCUUGGGUUCGCUCUCAUCGUUGUUAUCCUGAGUGUCACCGUGUAUCUCACCCACUGCCGCAGGAAAAGCAAGUUCACCACCCCCAUCGAAGAGACGGGCGCCCACUCGGCGGAGGCGCUGCUCAUACACUGAAGGUGGGCGAGUGUUAGUGAGCGAGCAGCAGGGGGCGCAACGCUCUGCAGUCCCAGCGACGACUCUGUUUCACCCCCUCUUCGCAGACCGCCUCCGUGGGAUCUUCCUA